CUUAACAAAAACAAAUAAAUAAAAGAAAAACAUUUUUCUUGGGAAUCCGAGAAAGAUGGAGACCUAUCAAUAUUCAAAAUCCAUUUUCUUUUCUCUUUUCUCUCUUCUUAUAAACAAAAUCGUGUUCACCUCUUCUGUAAUCCGCCAUUAUUAAACUAACAUACCGAACUAAGCUCCAAAUUUCCCGAUUCCCCAUAGCUUUCAUAAGCAUAACCUCAACAACAAAAAGGGCAAAAACAAAAGAAAAAGGGUUUCGAUUUCAAUCCAACGCCAACCCAGUUUUCUUCUUCUUUUUCCCAUCCUUCUUUCACUACUCACUCCUCCCAACACACCCUUUUGUUAUUCUCCUCUCUCUCUCUCUUUAUUCUUCUCAUUUUCUCCGCAAUUCCCAUCUGGGUUUUCGCCGCCGAUCCCAUUUCUUCCAUGGAGGAUUCUUCCCGGAAAAAACCCACUUCCGUUUGGGAGCCUCGGUCUCGUCGGAGAUCUUGGUGUUGUUCAUUUGCAGUGCCGCCUUCCAGUCCGGAUAACUUUCUGGUUUCUCGGUCUAGAACCCCUCGUACUAAGUCCGAGAAUGUGGCUAAACCUAGUGUCUCUGUUCCUAAUUCUCCUCAGAGUUCCAAAUCUGGGCUGGGUUUAGUCGGUCGGAUUGAUCCAAGAAGGAUCUUGUCUCCCGGCAGAGUUUCGCCGAUCGAUUCUGAUCAGAAUGUUGAAAGUCUGGCGCAAGAAAUGGGGACCGAGAACUCUGCUGUUGUUGAUUCCAUCGUUCAACCGCGAGUUGAGAGCUUUCGGGCUCCGAAGGAAAAGUAUCGGGAUCCUCCAGCAAGCUUGUCGCGCUCUGGUUCAGUUGUUGGGUGUGAUAAGAAAGAUGUGUUCGAUGUGAGAUUGAAUUUGAGGGCAAAGAAUGGUGGGUGCAUGGUUUUGGAGUUGAAUUCAGAGGUAUUAUGUGCUAAUUCAGAGGUUUUUUCUGAGUUGAUUGUGAAACAUAAGAAGGAUUUAGCAUCAAAUGGCAGUCCUUCGCGUUCAAAAUUGUGUAGAAUUGAAGUUCCUGAGGUGGAGAACUUGGGGAUGUUUAGGGAGACCAUUGAGCUUAUGUUUGAGGAUGAUAUUUCAAAACGACUCUCGAAGAUCGGUGUCUAUCGGGCCAUCGACAUACUUGAGGUAUCUGCAAGUAUCAUGUUCACAAAGUGUGUUGCUUCAUGUUUAAAGUACUUAGAGGCUGUGCCUUGGACAGAGGAGGAAGAAGAGAAACUAAGGAAUCUGUUUAUAAAAGUCAAGUUUGAUGAUGCAACAAGUAGAGAUGUCUUGGCAAGACUACGCUUGCUCGAUUCAGUAAUUUCACAGCAAGGCAUAGCCCGACAGCUCGUUUUGUCUAUUUCUACGUGUUCUAAUUCCAUUGCAAGAAAUGAACUGAAGUCUUUAGUCAAGGGUCUUCUUUGCAAGAGCUCAGUUUACGAGAAAGAUCAUCUGGACCUCAGUAAAGAGGACCUUUAUGCAGUUUUCCAUACUUGUAUAGCUUCAUUAGUCAGCCUUUUGAAGGGAUCCUCCCAUGCAGUCUGUCCCGAAAGAAGCAUAAAGAAUAUAACUGAAAAGCCAUUAAUUGAACAAAUCGCAAUGGAGGUGGAUACUAUCAACUGGCUGCUUGAAAUUUUACUUGAUUGGCAAAUGGCUGAAGAAUUUGUCAAUAUAUGGGCAGAACAGAAAGAACUGAUUAGAAUGCACGAUAACACUUCACCGAUGGUUAGGUACGAGCUCAGUCGGGUUUCAGCAAACUUAUUCAUUGCAAUAGGGACAAGAAAACUGAAUUGUCGUUCGGAAACAAGGUUGGGACUACUCCAGGCAUGGUUUGGUCCAAUGCUACUAGAUUUCGGUUGGCUACAGCGCUGCAAAAAAGGACUGGAUAUGAAAAUGCUGGAGGAAGCCAUGGGUCAAGCACUGCUUACUCUACCUAUGAAACAGCAGCAUUUGCUAUUUAUGGACUGGUGUAGGUUCUUCUCGAAGCGUGGUAGCGAAUGCCCCAAUCUUAGCAAGUCAUUCCAAAUAUGGUGGCGUCGUUCAUUCCUUAGAGGUUCAGAGACGUAUUCCAUUGAAUCUAGGUAGCUCCCCCUUCACCCACUUCUUGAGUUAUAACACCAAUGAAGCAGUCGUGUACACCUUAAAGUUAACAAUAGGAUUGUUGUAACAACUUUAGAGUAACAGACAAGUUAUAAUUAAUUUCUGAGAGGUUGAUAUUGGUUUUCCCACUUGUAUUAUUGUUACUUUGUGGAAAUUAUAUAUGUUCUUUAGAGAAGGGUUAA